CGCAACACACCAGGAAGCUGAUUCCACGUCUUAGUUUCGCGUCGAACCAUUGGACACACGCAGAUUCGCACGACCUACCUCGAGUCGAAGGGUUCACCUUGUUCAAGUCGAAUCCUUCGGGGAGCGUGUAGUUGUUGGCGGCGGUUGCCGAGGCCACCAGGGUGGAGAGGAGCAGAAUGGGCAACAUGAUGAAUAUAGAAAAGACGGGGGUCGAAGGUAAGAGUUGACGGGGGAGGCGACGACUUAUUGCUGCAAAAAAAAGAUGCACGACGAGGCGGAUGGGAGGAAGAUGGAAGGGAAUUGGAGAAUGAAAGAAGGAGGCAGGGGAGAAAGUCGAAGAGGAAGAAGAAGAAGAAGAAGAAGAGGGGAAAGGGAAAUAAAAAAAAAAGGGAAAGCGCGAAAAAUAAAACCAAUAAAAAAAAGGGCAGGCCAAAACAAGGAAUGUCGGGGAAUUAUUUAUUUAUUAUUGAUUAUUUAUUCUGCUUCUUGGGAAAUAUCCGGAACGCUUUCCUUCGUCGAGGCAAGAACUAGUCAUUUUAAGUCGGGGACUACUGCAUUCAUUUCAUGGAGCAGGAACGAGCUAGACGAGUGGACAAUGAGCUACCAGCUCGCUAGACCGGGAGGGGAAGGCAUCCCAAACCCAUCAAUGGCUGCGAGCUGGGCAAACACGGCGUGAUGGAGACCUUUGCCAUACCAGGGCAGCGUGCAUGCCAGUUCCGGGCAUGGGAGUCGUCCUGUCCCACGGAAGACGG